GGUAUGUCUGUGCAAGGAUUUUGCCAGUUAUUAACAGUAGCUUUCUCCUCUUCUGUGUAUAGGAAACCAUUGUUUAGAGGAUGUAUAUUGAAUGACUGGUGAAUGCCCUGAUGGUGACGGUUGAGAUAGCAGAGUACAGCAAAGAGGCGGUUUGAUGUCGCCGUUGGAUGUCUCUGCGUAAGAGAAUGGUAUAUAGGAUACCCGUCAGAACUCUGCCCGGGACGAGCGCUGGCAUCUCUUUGUGUAGCUAGCAUGGGAACCCAUUGCUGCGGACCCAUUCAAACAUCAAAAACCUUGUCAUUUCGGCCAUGAUUGGUUCCAAACUGAAAGGCAAUCGGCUUCCCACGGACUACCAAUCGUUUCGCUGCUUGUACGUUGGAGAAUUUGUUUGGCAAUCAAACAGCUUACCUAGAUACAGGUCAGUUAGACGGUUUUAACCUUUGAUCAGCCCUAAAAGAACUGCCUCUCUGUUUGGACAUAACCAACUCAGAUCAAGCGCAGCAAUAUGGGUAUUGGACCAAAGCUUCGAAGUUCCACAAUUUUACUGGUUUUCCUUGGUUUUCUGAUCAGGAGCAGCGCAGAGAAGGUUCUGAUGGUACCACCGCCAUGUUACCACAGCCACUGGAUGACUCUGGCCAAACUUGGUCGUGCCUUGGUGGAUAAAGGUCAUACCGUCACUGUGGUUGCUUCAGAGGACAUUGUAGAAAAGCGUCGGGCAGAGUGGCCUGACUUUCAGUUUGAGGCAUUCCAAGACCAAGGAACCCAAGCAAGGAUCAUGGAACUACAAGACAAGGCUUAUUCAUUGGUGGAGAUAUUGUCUGUCUUUGAAAUGAGAGAAGAAAUCGUUGCUGAGUUUGGAGAGUUGAUAAAACAUUGUGACUUGCUUCUGGGUGACGGUAAGCUGCAGAACCGACUGAGGACAUCCCAGUACAGCGUUGUCAUUACUGAUCCCAUCUUUGAUUGCGGCGCUAUCCUCUCAGCCCAUCUAGACGCCCCUCACGUUGCUGUUCUGCGCGGAGAUCCCUUUUUGGACGAAACAUCAACAGGUGUACCGAUUCCUCCGUCGUACGUACCAUCUCUAGGUACCGAUUUUACCGAUGAUAUGACCUUUGGACAACGAGUGCAGAACGUUGCCUUGUCAACUUUCCUAUCAGUGGUAACACGCCAGGAUCUGAGUAGAGCAUUUGACGGACUGGUCCGUACGUACGUAGGUGAGAACGAAACUAUUCAGAGCGUGACGUCACGUACGGACUUGUGGUUGUAUCGAACCGACAAUGUUCUGGAUUUUCCUCGUCCCAGGAUGCCCAACAUGGUUCAGGUUGGAGGACUGAAUGUCCUUGAGGCCGCCCCCCUUGCUGAGGACAUGGAAGCGUUUGUCCAGAGCUCUGGAGACGAUGGAAUGAUUGUCGUCAGUUUCGGGUCGAUGUUCAAGACGAUGUCGACGGAAAAGCAAGAAGUCUUCGCGGCAGCCUUCGCCCGACUCCGGCAGAAGGUGGUGUGGCGGUACGUAGGAGAGAAACCGACCGGGCUGGGUAACAACACCAAACUACUGGCCUGGCUGCCUCAGAACGAUCUGUUGGCUCACCCGAAGACCCGAGCCUUCAUCACUCACGCUGGGUCGAACGGCCUGUACGAGGCCCUGCACCACGGCGUGCCCAUGGUCUGUCUGCCGCUGUUUUCGGAUCAGCCCGCCAACGCCGCCCGGGUGGUGGCCAGGGGACUGGGGGUGAAGUUGGACUUUAGCACGGUCACGUCCGACCAGUUGUACCAGGCCGUUCUUCAUGUUGUCACCAACACAAGCUACCGUGAGACGGCAGCCCGUCUGUCCCGUCUGCACCGUGACCAGCCCCAGUCACCCAUGGAGCGGGCCGUCUGGUGGAUAGAACACGUCAUCAAACAUGGCCGACUGCCCCAUCUCCGCGCACGCGUCGUGGAGCUGCCGUGGUACCAGUACUACCUGCUGGACGUGUCCGCGUUCCUGCUGGCCGUCUGUGCAGCUGUCCUGGGUAUCGUGUGGUACAGCUGUUCGUUCUUUUGUAGGAAGAUUUGUUGUAAAAGUGUCGGAAAGUUGAAGUCUCAGUAG